CACUGGCCCAUUGCUCGUCCCAGUUUGCAUCACUCUCCUGUCAAGCUGCCAAGUUCCCGUCCUGGUUGAGCGCGCGAUUGACAAUCUCCACUGGACCGUGGAGGUCGUGGAGUCGCGAGUCAAGCUGAGCCCGGCUUGUUCAAAUGCAGCUUCGAUAUUAAAUCGUGUCUGCCCUGAUCUCGCCUGUCCGCCCGGGGCCUGCCCGCACUCGCUCGCAGCCGAUCCUCAGCCUGUGAUUUUUUUUUUUUUCAUUUUUAUUUUUCACUCUCUUCUUUCUGCUGUUGUACAAUCGCCUGCACCUGCACCACGACUUUACGUUUACGUCUCUCGUUACGUCCAAGCUGCUCGCCCCGACCCGCCAAGGCUCGGAUUCCCGUCAUCUACACAUCGCCGCCGCUGCUCUUUGUCUGACCGAGAGACACUCGAAAAUCGCAUAGCGUCGUCAUCACCCCGUUACCAUUGAUCAGCUCUGAGGAAGAUUGGAAGAAGGACCAUGUUUUGAAGGGGAUUGGGGCAGAUCGAAGGCAGCAGAGUCGCAGUAUUCCCUGACUGCGAGGCUGCCAGCAGGUUUCUCCGGCAUACACGGCACACCACCCCUGUUGACGAACCACUGCAGUCCACAGAGUCGACGGCUUGUUUUGAGACAGAGCAAUGGUUGGUCCGACACUGACCAUGACGGCGCCCGCUGUGGACACCAGCACGCCAUUGCCUUUUCACCGCUCACAGCGCUCACAAGGUUCACAACACUCACAUUCAACACCACCACCACCUGCUAGGAGUAGCAGCAAAGAACAAACCCCGCUCAAGCUCGCCAGGCCCGAUGUUACCUCGCGCCCGCCUGCCAACACCAACAAGGAACUUCCGAGCCUGCCCAUGCCCGAUCCCUCGUUUGACAUUCCCUCGUUCGAUUUUGAAUUUUCACCCGAGUUCAAAAGAUCCUUCAGUUUCUGCAGCGACAAGAUCGAAGCGUUGUCCAUCCACCCUGUGAAGCCCACCGCCACUGUCGUUACCGCUCCCGAGACGAGGCUAUUGCCCAUCGCAUCCACUGAAGCUCGCGCCGAACCCACCAAGCAGCCAAUACCACCCCGAACCUCGUCCAAAACAAUCGACACCACCACCUAUCACCGUAACAGCACCAGCACCGCGCCCACCGUGGCUGCUGCUCCGCGUGCCGAGAAGCACGGCCGUAGCCGGAGCAAAUCAAUGAUUGACCGGCCGCUGUCGUGGCUGCCGAGCUCAAAGUCGACCCCCAACGUGCCGGCAACCCAUGAGCUGUCCCAACGGGUGACCAAGAACAAUGUGACUGUGUCGACCGACAAUCUGGUGGAGGACGGCCAGCUUGAAAGGUCGAGGACGGUCGAGUCCUUUGCCGAUUUUGCGAAAAAGUCUUGGAUGACAAAGUCACGAUCACCUUCACCGCCAACGACCCCAGAACGGCUUCGACAUGAGACCCGCGAGCCUUCCACAGAAAGAAAAAAAUCGCCUAUCAAGUCUAGGUUGACGCUGCGAACCCGGGCACGUUCGGAUUGUGAUUCUUCUCAGGACCCUUCCGCCGAGCCACAGAGCAGCAGCAGCAGCAACAACAGUACAAGCCGCGUCUUCAGCCGUGCCAGUGUGUAUCUGACGAGGAUAAAACAAAAACCUCAAAGUGUGUUUUCUAGAACAUCGUCCCCACUCUCACUUCCCGCGCCAUCUUCUGUCAAGAGUUCCGAAUCAAGUGACUCUGAUUCUGCCAGUGCUGCGACAGCCGCGCACAGCGUCAAGCCUGUCCCGGCCAAAACCACCCUUGCCCCGUCAAACCUCCCCAGAUCUGCUGCUCUUGCCACCAACAAUGCUUUUGCCCAUGUCGAAGCAGCACCAUCUCGCAGCUCUUCCCACCGGACUUCGUCACUAGAGUCGGAUCUGGACACGGAAACCACUGCGACAACCAGCGCCUCCUCCGAAAUUGCUUCUCAGGGCACAGCAGACACCAACAUCACCAUGCCACAUCCGACAUCCCGUGACCCUCUUUGGGGCACCUUCCGAACGCUAGAUGGCGAGUUUGCCCGGUUCGCGGCGAGGCCUACCACCUCGACGCGAAUGGACGUUGUGCGAGGUGUGCUGAUGCCAUUCUUGAAAAGUACCUCGCACCACCCUUCCAAUUCGAGCAGAUCGGUGUUGAGUUCCGAGGAUUUUGACCGGCGAGCCACAGUUUUGAACAAGUGGUGGAAUGGUCUCUUGUCGAUGCUGGAUGCCGGGCAUUCGAGGCUGUUGGCGGGAGGAUACGGGCUUGCUCCAGGCAUCGCUGCGCUUGGCGUCCAGUUUCCAGUAUUGCAGCCGGUUGCUGGUGUCGACAGGCCUACUCUGCUCGAGGCGGCCACCAUGAUCAUGAUGCGGCCAGAGUGGAGGACGUGUACCAGCCAGUUUCAGCCUUUGGCUGAGCGGUCUCCCGAAGAGAAGGUCCGGGCGAGGUCAAACACAUCGUCCACCGUUGGCAGCGAUGUGGAUUCUCUGUUGACCGAGCCGGCUGAGCACAAUGUGCGGACCAUGUUUGUCAACAACUUGACGACACAGAUGGCGCUGGUGGUGGAGAAAAUGUCGCUCCGGCACGCCCCUCUGAGCUUAGUCAACUGGUGCGGCAAGGCGUGUGCUUAUGCGUUCUUCUUCGUCCCCGGUGUCGCUGAUGUUCUGGUGCGGCUUUGGGGUUUGAAUGCCGACAUUUUGCGAAGAGUCGCCGAUGAGUUUGGUCUGCCGAGGCGGAGCAAGGGCGAGAGCGAGGAUAUUGUCGCGCUCUACCCCGAGCAUCUGCACAAGCUGGGAUGGUCGUCUGUCAAGACACUGGGCGACAAGCUGCGGCUUGCGGCUAAGCUGCCACUGAUGCCAGCCAAGAUCCCCUGGCACGGCCCUUGGGUGUCGAGAUGGCGUGGUGGUGAGACGGAUCUGUUUUUCAUCUUUUGCAAGUACUUCCACGUGCUUUCUGAGCAGUUUGUUUUUGAGGGACUCCCGCUGGUCGAAAAGGCGCGGUCACCUGCCUUUGUCCUGGUCCACGCUCAAAUCUUGUCGGUGUUGGAUAGCACCAUUCACCGACAGGCCUCGAUCGAUGCCAUGCUGGGCCCUCCGAUUUCUGACAGCAUUCACGGCGCGGAUGCUACUUUGACCGGCAUCUCCGUGCCCAGCAAUGUUCUGAAAGGGAUGGAUGAAAACCGGCUCAUUGUCCUGCUCAAGGAUGUGCUCUCAAAAGGCUCUGUUGGAGUGAAUCACGAGAUUAAGCAUACCUUUGCCGAGGCUUUUGCUGCCAUCUCGAAGGCGGCAGCGAAGAGGACACCACGAUUCGACCAAGCUUCAUGUUUCAUGCUGUGCGAUUUUCUGGAGGAGAUGCUGGUCACGCUGGAUACAUUCCAGAAUACGGUGAACGGCAGCCCUGCAGGAUCCCCGGCCGAAGAGAUUGGCCAGCCGCGGUACCUGGAAUUUGGCAGCACCGCCCCCUUUGUCAACUACAUUGACUGGCCUUUCUGGCUCGAGGUGGGCAAGAUGAUGGCCGAGUCCAACAACACCAUGUCUGAGAUUAGGGUCCUCUCAUUCCUCUACUCGGUGUGGGACGCCAUCACUUCUGAUCCGGCGCGCAAGGAGGCCGUGUGCACGGAGUGGCUGUUGACGGAGGAGUUCUUUGCCAAAUUCUUCAACCAUUGGUGCCCCAUGGUUCGUGCUUACUACAUGCGCCUGCUCUGCUGGCGGAUCUGCAGGGACUCGGGCAGCGCCAGUGAGGUCAACAGCAAAAUAUUCCUGACUGUGUCGCAGCGGCUCAAGACUCUUUGGGCUCAUUACCUUUGGCUCAAGGCUGAUGCCGACAUGAGGGGCAAGGUCCAGCCUUCUACGGCCCCUGCUCAUCCCACGCCUGGCAAGCGGUUCUUGAUCAUUCGAACCGAGGUGCAGCCGCCACAGCCGUCCAUGAAGCUCGGUUUCGACUCGUUUUCCAGCUCCUUCCCAGGGUCAGACCAGCUCGUGGAUUAUGCUGGUACGUUCGGGAUCAACGGCGGAGAUACCGUUGGUGGCAUCAAGGAUGAUGGGGAUGUGUCAUCCUUCAAGAAGCGGCUGUCAAUGUUGGGCAAGGUACUGCCAUUCAGCUCGCAAAAUGGUCGGGCCGUGGAUCCCAAGCGCGCUUGGGACGAGGAGCUGGAACAAGCUCGCCGCGAGACAGCUGCUGCGCGGAUGGGACCUCGCCAGGGACCUCCACCGCCGCCAAAGAGACCUGGCCACCAUGCCACCUUGUCUACCGACUCCAUAUCUACUACAGGUUCUGCGCCCGUCUACGAGGCCACCACCUAUGUCUUUCGCUUUGCGCUCACAUGGCAAACUGGACCGGGGGGGCAGCCAAUGCCACUCGGUCCUACAAGAGACCGGAUUCUGACCCGCCCUCGACUCCCUGCGCCUGCUCAGGCGAGAGUCAGCGCUCGCUCGGCGGCGAUCAACGACGUGGGUAACUUUCAGAACGGCAGCCUUGUCUAUCACAGCGAUAGCCCGCCUCCCGUUUCUCCCGGCCUGCCACCCGACACUAGGCGUGUGAGCGGUGCUUUGCAAACUGGUCUUAUCAGUGAGGCUCGCAAUGCUCGGCCAUUGUCCAUAGUGGAGGAUACACCACGAAAGUCGAUGGAGAGCUCCAAACGCCGGUACUCCCUCAGCAUCAACGUCACAGCGGUUUCCUCGGACAGUGAGGAUGAGAGAUACAACAGGCCGUCUCCUCUUCGUCACAUGAGCUUUGACGGCUACGAACGUGGUCCUUCGGUUGACAUGAUCAGGAUGGCUCGGCCGCCCGCGCCAGCAAUUCGUGCCGAGAAGCCCCUCGGCCCUUAUGCCUCAGGGGCUGUGUACACAGGCCGAGCCCUCGCCGAGUGGGCGAUCGUCAUCAACGAAUGCAACAGCUUUGUGGACCGCCGCCGGGACGAGGGCGUGCUCGGGUUGGCCGAGGUUGAGAUUCCUAUUCUUGGGGUCGAUGGACUCGGGAUGCGGCAGCGGGGUUAGUCGCCUCGUCCGCACAAGUCUGGCGACUGGAGAUGGGCAGCUUUGUACCGGCAUCCGACUGAUUGCGGCUCGAGGCACUUAACCGCUUUUUGAACCAUUCUACAAUACCACACCAUAACAUGACGUUCUUCCGAUCAUUCACGCCAUUUACACCACCACCACCACCACCAUCUACACAAACACAUACGUGCAUACACAGCACACAUUUUCGAGAGAUGUUAUUUUUUUUCUUGUUCCAUAUCAGCAUUUAGCGACUUUUGUUCUUUUCUUGAGCAUUUUUUGUUUCAUUAUCAAGCCGCAAAAGUUUUUUUCUGGUUUUUUUUGGGGCACAGAUAUUCAACGUAUAUAAGCCUCGUUUUUAGGGCCAGGGGGUUUUGGGCAUUCAUACGAGCAUUUGAUUCUUUUACACAUUAUUUAUAAGUUAUACAUUGUUUGGGCGUUUUUGGAAGGGGCUCCUGGGGCAAAGGGGGGAAUAUAAAUUCGGCUGUUUAAUUUUUCACGGAAGGGUCUGUAGGAUUUGGAUUUUAUGUUUUAUUAUUAGAUGGAGGGGAAGAAGGCCUACGCUUUUUUUUUUUGUUUCUGGUCCUCAACUUGGGACUGGCGAAUUGUAUUGCUUAAUGAAGGUUUCAACAUACACACACAGACAUACACACACAUACACACACACACACACACACACACAUACGCACACAUAUUUUGAGCAUGCACAUGUGGGAAAAGAUUGUUUUUUUUUGUUUGCGUAGGUGUUUUUUGUUUGGUUGUGUUGCUGAGUUGGAUGGUUUGAUACCCACCAAGAUACAAGUUGGUGUUUGAUUUUCUGUCUUUUUUUCUUGCGUGCUGUGAGGGAGAGAGGGAAAACGCUUUUGGGGGGGGGGGUGCUUUCAGGCCAUUGUUGUUGAUAAUGCGGUAGUAUGAAUAUCGGUUAUGGGAGGAUUGUGUAAAUAUUGUUUGGGAAUUUGGAAGAAAUCAAAACAUAUGGUUGCUGAACGUGAUUGUGACAGAAGCUGCAAAACUUGGACGUGACGUGACAUG